AUGGCUCUCUUUUCCAAAAGUGAUAAAAAAAUGGAGUUGCCAAUAUCCCUGAAUAGUCGAUAUCGCCCGAAAGGUAAAAGGCGGUUCAGCUUUAAGAUGAGCUAUAGACUUAAAAAUAUGUUAAUAUCGAUAUUUAUUAUUGCCUCUACCAUUUAUUUCAUAAGGUACAUGCAGGAUACUGGCGAUAGUUCAUUAAUAGAUGGUACUAUUGACGGUUUAAUUGAGGACUAUGAAAUUAAAGAAUUAGAAGAUCCGGAAUACUAUAACUACGAGUUCCAAAUGAUAGAUACAGAAGUUAUUGAGGGGAGUGAUGAGGGUUUUGAGCAUUAUAUUAUUAAUAAAGAAGGAACUACUACCACUAAAAACGAUGCAGAUUACGAGGAGCAGCUUGAAAUGUUGCUAUCCACAACAGUGAAGAAGUACGAUCUAUCAAAAUACGAGGGUACUACUAGUAGUGCAGAGAAUCGUGAGCAUGUUUUGGUGUGUAUACCGUUGAGAAACGCUGAAGAUGUCCUACCUUUAAUGUUUAAGCAUCUAAUGAACUUGACCUACCCACAUGAGUUGAUUGACUUGGCCUUUUUGGUAAGUGAUUGCUCAAAAGAAGAUAAAACUCUCGAAGCGCUUGUUGGAUAUGCGAAAGAACUCCAGAAAGGGACCUUACCUUUUGUAUUUGAAGAGCAAGAUAGGAAAAAAGGUACCAAGCGAGGUAACAAAAUGACUAGCGGUGAACAGGUGCACCUAAAGUAUAUGGAGAAAGACUACUUGGACAUGGUUGAAAAGGCCUUUAAACCUCCCUUCCAUAAGGAUUACAGCAAGCCGUUCCGAUCGGUGCAGAUCUUCAACAAAGAUUUCGGGCAAUCUAUAGGACAAGGUUUUAGUGAUAGGCAUCAUGUUAAGGUGCAGGGCAGUAGACGUAAACUGAUGGCAAGAGCUAGAAACUGGCUAACAUCAACCGCCCUAAAACCUUAUCACUCGUGGGUUUAUUGGAGGGACGUUGAUAUUGAAUUAUGCCCCGGUACUAUCAUAGAAGAUUUAACGUCAUUGGGCUACGAUGUUAUGGUACCAAACGUAUGGAGACCUCUACCGGUAUUUUUGGGCAGUGCACAAGAAUACGACUUAAACUCCUGGAUUGAAUCACCAACUGCAUUACAGUUAGCUAAGACAUUAGACGAGGAUGAGGUUAUAGUUGAAGGUUAUGCUGAGUAUGCAACAUGGCGUUUCCAUUUAGCCAAUGCAAGGGACCCUAAAGGUGAUCCAAGAUCCAUUCUUGAUUUGGAUGGUAUUGGUGGAGUUUCUAUAAUUGCCAAAGCAAAAUUGUUUAGAAGCGGUGUUCACUUUGCUGCUUUUGCCUUCGAGAAUCAUGCAGAGACUGAGGCAUUUGGUAAGAUGGCCAAAAAGAUGGGUUACAAAGUGGGCGGUUUACCUCACUAUUUAUUAUGGCAUAUAUAUGAGCCAAGCGAUGACGAUUUGAGACACAUGGCUAGCAUGGAAAGACAGCAGAGAAGACUGUAG